AUGAAAAUAAAGAAAAUAGCAGUGUGUCUAACUGCAACGACAAUGUGCCUGAAAGUUUGCGUGCAUGCGAGCAGGGAGAACUUCACAGGAGACUAUGAUAAAGACUUUCCGGGCCUUCCCUUGUGCGCCAAAGUAAGCAUGCGCGAAAUAAUAGAAAAAACAGUGGAUGCUUCUAUGAGAAAUACCGGUCCUGGCCAAGCCCCUGUGCGGGUACAGCACGAGAUUCCAAGGCCAGAGCCACUUCUGAGUGAAACCCAGAGCAACCACGAAAAAUGUGCGCAGCCCGAAAAAGCGUCUUUCUUCCAAGAAUUCCAGAGGCCUAUGCCAGUGCAAGAGACGGGAAAAAAAUCGGGCAAAUUAGAGCCGGCCCAGCAAGAAAGGACCGCAAUUACAUGCGAAGACACGGGAUACUCCUCCUCAGAUGAAUCCAUUGAGGAGAGAGAUCCAUAUUCAGUGCCCAAGAAGGAAGUGCUAGAGCUGAUUUCCGAUAACUUGGAGUCCAGCAGGAAGACACUGCUUGUGUGCAAGGAGCUAAUGAAAAAGCUAGAGAGCAGAACAAAAUGCGCCCGGAAAGACAAUUUAUCGCAGAGAAUCAUGCUGGGCCAUGCAGUCCUGCUUUCUCUGCAGGACACUGCGCAUGCUCUGCAGCAGGAAACUGCGAAUUCUUCUGAGGCUCCCUACAUGCAGACACUUGCGGGGAUGGCCAAGCACUUCUUUAUGGCAUACGAAUUAGAGCACUCCAAGCAGGCUCUGUGCCUGCUGGUUGGGUUGGACCUGUCGGGGCGAAAAGAUGAGAACCUGCCCGACACUGUGCACGUCAGGUUUCUCGUACUGUGCUGCGGGUUUGAAGCUGGCUGCUUAAAACUGCAGAAACACAUCACUGAGCUUAACAGCUUCCACACGAACUUUAAAAAAGCCCAGCAGGAAAUGAAAAAAACCUUGCUUGAAAUUUCCCAGUGCGAAACAGUCGACAAAAUGGACAUAGUCUAUAAGUUCAAGGAGAUGGGGCUAAAUGUCUCUUCCGCAUGCACAGGCUCCGCAGUAGAUUCUGAGAAGGUGCCGCCUAAGAAAAGGAAAAAGCUCAGAGCGUGCGCUCAGACAGGCUUCUAA